AGAAGUGUAACCAGUGGUUCCAUGAAGCAUGCCUACAGUGCCUGGACUUUCCUCUUUUAUUGGGUGAUAGGUUUUAUUAUUUUUUGUGUGCUGUAUGUAAUAAUGGUGAAGAAUAUCUUAAACGUAUUCAACUAAAAUGGACUGAUAUUGCUGCAUUGGUAUUAUAUAAUCUUUCCUUGAAGUACCACAAAAGAGGCUUCAAAAACAACGACGUUGAAUGCUUUUUACGUGACAACUGGGAUGCAUUGCAAUGUGGCAAUUUGUAUUACACCCCAGAAAGAGAACGAAUGGAAAAACUCGUUGAAGUUAUGAAAAAACAGAAACGCAAAUUUCGUUGUCAAAGCGGUGGCAGUGGUAUUGUGACUUGGUCAUUAUUUAUUCGUUGUGCUCCCUUCCCAACGAAAGCGAGUUUACUUCAUGAAGCAAAGUUGAGGGAGGACGAGAGUGGUGGAACGACUUCGGAGGUCCCUGAUUGUAACGGAAAUUAUUUACAAGACGACGACGAUAUUGAAGACAAUUCAUCAACGUCGAAUGAGAUGAAUCAUGGAAGUGAGAUUGGCACAUCAGAGUCCUCGACUAGUGAACAAGUUCCUCUCUUUCCAUCUCUCUCCAUGUUUAAAUACUUAAUGCCGGAGUGCAGUUCUCGGGCGAGCGAAAGCCCGGAUGCCUUAUCGGUCUGUGAGCGUUACUCCGACCUUUGUCAAAUGCCUGGUGAUAAACGGCCGCGAUCACGUGACUCAGCGGAUUCAUCAUCUCUGAAUGAACCAAUAGAAAAACGUUUUGUAAAUUACGUUGAGCGUCUAUCCAAUGGUGUAACGUCGUACGCGGGAACCAAUGGUCGGCUGGCUUGUGGCGAGAAUUGUAAGCUACUUGGUCGAAGAUUUGCAAGAAACGGCCGGAUCGAAUAUCUAGUUCAAUGGAGUGGUGUUACACCUGACAGUUUUUGACAAAUUGUGGUUAAAUUUUCAGGCGAAAUUGGAACUGUCUUGGAAUUAAAUUUACGGUUGUAAAACGGCAUACAAUGAAAUUUGAGUUAAAGCGAGAUAAAUUUUAAUCGACUUUUGUUUACAGGCUAAAACAUGUUUCUGCUAUGGUGAUAAUAGUAUAUAUUGCAUGUAUGUUGAAGUUGGAACAUAAACUACUAAUUGUUAAUUAGAAAAGGUUUUAUUUUGUCGUGAACGGUGAACUGGCAUAUUUUAUCAAAUGUCCGCAAUUAUAAAUAUUAAGAUUAAAUAUUAAGAUUAUUUAAGUUUAUUUCAGAAAGAUAACUGCUAAAAAUAUCUGCAAACAUAAUUUGUACCCUGAUUGUUUUGUUAUUAUUACUGUAUUAGUACAAUUCUUAGGGACUACAGAGUCUGUUUAAAAGUGGUGGACCAAGAAAAAUUUAUUUAAUGAUUUUUUGUAUGAGAAAAAGGGGGACGUUCACCUUCGAUCCCCCUGCAAUUAAAAUUGUAGUUUAAUUAUUUUCAAAAUUUCAAAAAAAUCGGUAACGCGGGACCAAAGGAAAAAUUGUGAUUUUCGUCAAUUUUUUGAAAUUUAAAAAUUCGGUUCCAAAUGCCUCGAAAUGGUUGAAAACUAAGCAGAAUUGCGUUCUUUGAUGAAAACAGUACAUUUGAA